CAUUAUGAUUGCGUUCAGUAAGUUACAGGCAGCAGAGCGAAUAAGAAGGACUACGAGCUUGCGGAGCUAGUGGGAGAAACCAGGGAAAUUCUUGCCCGAGCCGAGAUGAGUUUAGGCGUCUGUGAUUCACCUAAAUUGUGAGUAACGUACGAAGGCCUGCCGCCAAACUGAAGGUCCCCACUCCAUUUCACCAUCCAGCCAUGUCCUCCUCUCCGACGGCAAGCGCCCCAGUUGACAGCGGCGGAGAGAAGAAAGUUACGGGGGGUUACCAGAUCAUAGCCACCAACGUCACGGCUUUUAAGACGUCCCCGUCGCCGGCUUUAUCCGGAGGGAGUCCCUCGCCCGUGUCCAACCACAGCGCUGGGUUUUACUCCCCACAUAUGAAGAUCUCCGGCGUCCCCUGCCCCGCGACCCCGACGCGUUACACGGCCCCGGUCCACAUCGACGUUGGGGGGUCGAUCUACACGUCAUCGCUGGAAACGCUGACAAAAUACCCUGACUCCCGACUUGGAAGAAUGUUUAAUGGCAGUAUUCCCAUCAUCCUGGAUAGCCUGAAACAGCACUAUUUCAUUGAUCGGGAUGGGAAAAUUUUCAGACACGUUCUGAACUUUCUCCGCACGUCUCAGCUCGUGCUGCCGGAUGAUUUCACGGAGUGGGAACUGCUUCACGAGGAGGUGCGCUACUACGACAUCGCCCCCCUCACCAAGGCCGUGGAGACGCACCGCAAAGAGAGGCAGAAGCGGAAAGAGAAAUGCGACUGCGUUGCCGUGCACAUCAGCCCCGAAUUGGGCGAGCGCGUGUGUCUGAGCGCCGAGCGCGCGCUGCUGGAUGAGAUUUUCCCCGAGUUGAAUUCGGCCCUGGAAGACGGAAGGAACUCGGGCUGGAAUUUGGACAAUAGAUUUGUGAUUCGUUUCCCCGUGAACGGGUUCUGCAAGCUAAAUUCACUACAAGUUUUACAGAGACUCAUCCAUUACGGGUUUAACAUCACGGCGUCCACCGGAGGUGGAGUUGAAGGACAACAAUUCAGCGAAUAUCUACUUCUUCGACAGUCGAAAUCUUGACAGUGAAAUCUACCCCGAAAGAAAAAUGAAAAAAAAAAGACCCAUGCUUAUUUUAAACCUACAUUUAUUCACACACUGUAUAAUUAGUAUGACAAGUGAGGUUUUUUUCACUCUUUUUCCCUUUCCCGCUGCCUAGGGCAGUUGUACAUAGAACCAUAUUUUAUAUGAAGACAGUAGAAAGGCCAGCAUCAUAUAAACCUCAAGUCUUGCUACUUUGCCCAAGGCGGAGCCGUUCCAAAAAUAUGUGUUCUUUUCUAUUUAGCCUGUAGAUGUUUUAUGUCGUUUUUCUUUAUUAAUCCCGAGCGAUAACUUACACGAACGGUCUCUGGUGCAAAGCCGGCCAGGCACUCGACAGCGAGCGUGCUCUAAGGGCUAAGAAAGAAUAUCCUUAAGGCCGUAAGAGGAGUCGUAAAAAGUGACGGCGUACGCGAUAUAAAAUCUUAUGUUAUAGUCCUCAUACAUAUAUAUAUUGCCAUUGCCUGAGUUAUUUUGCCCGAAGAUGGGACGACGGAUAGAGACUGCUUAGGUACCGUCUCCUUCUGUGCAGUCUGCCUUGAAGACAUCAUGUGGAAAAAAUAUGCCCUCGGAGAAAGACAUCAAUAACAACCGCCCGCAACCGGCAUUUUUUCCCCCCAUUCUCCUAAAUUAUUUCUCUUUUAGUUUACCCUAUGAGUAAUGUUUAGAUUUGUUACGUAUUGUUGAUUUUGUGAAACAUAUGCUUUCUCCUUGCUUUAUGCUUUAUGGGCUUGAGUUACACAAGAGUAACGUAAUGCGCUGCGUUCUUUUAGUUUCAGCCCCGUUGCGUCCUCCUGAUUGCUCUCUCUAAUGAAAAAGUUCAAGUUGGUGCCUUCCCCGCAGGCACUACUAACAUUACGGCCAUGGACGCAUUAAUUUAAUCCACAGCUCGUUGGAAAUGUAAGGGAGGUAAUGACGCCGGCCUCAGGGAGAGGAAGGAUGCUAGGGCUUAAACUGAAGAACGCAGGCGUCUGUUCAGUGAACUUUGUUGUUAAACACCAUAGGUUUUGUUAAGAAUGCUAUUGUUAUGAUGUAUGUAAUACUCCGGAGUGAUGACGUCAUGACUUGUCUUUCUCGGUUCGAACUGGAUUAUUUCAUAAUCGAAGGUCGAAGUAAAACCCUGUUAAUCCUCUGAAGGCGUAUUAUGAAGCGUGUAUAAAAAGAACACAGUCUGGGAAAGAAGUGUUAUUCCCGAAGUUUUUUUUAAAUUCUUGUGGAAAGUGCAAACUUAUUUUGUAUUUGUUUGGUUUCAUUAAAAAUCCAAUCGUGUUGUAACUGUUUCUCCAAAAUAAUAUUUUUUAUCACAUGCUAUGUACUUUUUGAUAAAAGGGAAGACAAAAGUGAGUGACAAAAAGGAACAAAAAAUGAUGAUUGCCUUUGCCGUUGUAAUUGUAAAGAAACCUUCCUGUAGAAAAGUGGGCCCUGCCAAUCCCACCCUAAAUAAAAGCAAUGAAGUGACUGGUUAAAGGUACAAAGUCAUUUUUUAAUUCUUUAAAAUAUAGUUGAAAAAAAAAAGAUCAAUAUUAUUUCCAUAACCCCCCGGGCUAAAUCUAUAGAUUAUAAUGGGACUCGCCGACCAAUCUGCCGUAAGCUCACUAGGACACAGAUAAAAGGGCAAGCCUUUCACGAAAGUUUACACUUGGCUAAGAUUUGCGUUUUGCCGCCGGCUUGUCUACGGGAUAUGAUCAGGGUUAAAUGAAUCAAGAACGCGGUCUUCCUCUCAAAUGAUAACCGGCGUAUAAAUCGCAUAUUAUCUGCAGAGGUCUUUGGUCGCGUUUCUUUACUCUGAGCGCCCCGCUUUUGAUUCUAUAUAGAAUCUCGCGGAGCGUGCAGACGAUCGAUGUCCCAAUGACUGAGACUGCUGCCGUUCACUUUAAAUUCAACAGACCGAGUUAUGGCGUCACUUGACAGAAUCGCUAUCGAUUUAUUGGUCCUGUAUGCGAACACACUAGAUUUUUUUUUUUUUUUUUUUUUUUUGAAAUAAAAAUAUAUAUCCGAGUUCGGAAGACAAAAGGUGUAUAUUUGCUUGAAAUUUUUAUUUUGUAAUAAAAUGUGAAGCUAGUGAAUCCGUCUAAAAUAUGUUCUUGGAAUUAAUUUUUGUCUGAAAUUGCCAUGUGUCUUGGAAGACAUUCAAAUAUAUUGUAUUGUGCUAUAUUUUAUUUGUCAUGUUGAAUUUAAGCUUUGCUAAUUUAUAAUAAGAACCGCAGUGCAUUGCUUGGGAAUAUUACAAUAUUAAUUGAAAAUAGCUGAGACAAAAAUCUAUAUAUUUGCUCCUAUUGUUUCACCAUUGUAUCGCCUUCAUAUUUUUUCAAAAUAUUA